AUGCAACCGGUUGAAAAACGCACUGAGGAACUCGAAGCCUUUAUUUCGCAACAAGUAAACAAAGCCUCUCAAAUCGCCAACACUCACGGACAAAAAGCCAAAGCUAAAAGUAUCGAAGGAAAGGAUAAAUUAGCCCAAGAGGCUGUCAAAAAGAUAAAACAACUAGAACAGCAAUUAAUUAAUCUUCAAGAAAACAAUAAACAAGACAAAACCCACUUCGAAGAAAAAAAUAACCAACAAGAGGCAAAAAUUCAAGGACUAAAAAACCAACUCACCCACCAACAAAAUCUGGUGGCUAAUAAAGACAGUUUUAUUAAGACUUUGGAGACUAAUUUGACCCAGAACAAGCAAGAAUUAGAGAAAACCAACCAAGAAUUAACUGCUGAAUUAAAAAAGAAUCAGGAACUAACUGCUAAGUGCCAAGAAAUUAACCAACUAGAACAAGCUCGUUUAACUCUAGAAGCCGAAGCCACUCAAUUACAACAAGAAGUAAAAGAACUUGCCCAAAAGAAUGAGAAACUAACUGAGAACUAUAACCAGACGCAAAAUAAUCAUCAGGAAGAGUUAAGGAAAAUAAAUGUUUUAUUUGACCCUAACUCUGCUAAUUAUGAAAGAAUUGAGUUUGAGGGAUUGUAUAGUUUAUUAGCAAGCAUUCAGCAAAAGAUUAAAGAGUUAGAACAAGAAAAUCAAAAUUCAACCAUACAAAUCACUGCCAUUCAGCAAGAAUUAACUCACUAUCAAGAAUUAUUUGCUUUCCCAGACUGA